AUGUCGGUGGAUUUCAACUCCUUGGCACAGCAAUUCACAGAAUUCUACUACAACCAAUUCGAUACGGACCGGUCUUUGCUGGGAAACUUGUACAGAGACCAGUCAAUGUUGACAUUUGAGACUACACAACUGCAAGGUUCAAGGGACAUUGUUGAAAAAUUGGUUUCGCUACCAUUUCAAAAAGUGGCACACAGAAUCAGUACUUUGGACGCACAACCAGCGUCACCCAGUGGUGACGUGUUGGUCAUGAUCACAGGUGAUUUGCUGAUAGAUGAAGAACAAAACGCACAGAGAUUUUCCCAAGUUUUCCAUCUAAUGCCAGAGGGAAACUCGUACUAUGUGUUUAACGAUAUUUUCCGUUUAAACUACUCUGCUUAG